AUGGAUAAACAUGACCGUUCCUUCAGAUGUCAUGAGCCAGGCUGCAGCAGAGAAAAUGGCUUCACCGACUCCAGUGGUCUCUUACGCCAUCAGCGUGAGGUUCACCAAAAAUACACUAACGCGAGAAUGCCGAUUAUGUGUCCCUGCGCGGACUGCAGUCGCAGUUCUGGGAACAUAUUUACGCAGCGGGAGAACCUCCGAGAACACCUGCGCCGUCGGCAUCAACAAGCUGAUGACUUUAGCCGUAAUACCUGUUUACAUGAUGCGACUGAAGUCUUGUCGGAAGCAAAUGAUGGCGGUAAUAUUCGUAAAGAAUCUACACAACUGUAUCGGGAGGUUCAGGUGAUGACAGUCGUCUAG